AUGCCGCCCGCGGCGGCUCGCCGGGCCGGCGUGCCCCGUCCCCUUCCGCGUCGCGCAGGGGAGGCCGCGUUGCGGGCCGAGCUGGAGCAGCGCGCUCCGAGGCCGGGCAGGGACCAUGGCCGGGAUGCCUCCUGGCGGGAGGGCCGCGGCCGGACAUCGCCUCGUCGCGAGCAGCGGUGGGAUGCGCCGGUGACACAAUCUGCACAACAUGUUGGACAGCCAGUUGCGAAGAAGAAGAAGAAAACUAAGAAGAGGAAGAACGCUGCGGGCGGCGCUGCGGGAGGGGCCGCGGGUGGGGGUCAGCUUGGGCACCCGCCUAUGGUCCUUCCGCAGGGACAGUCGCUCGAUGGCCGCGCCGAUACCCAGCUGGGGGUGGCGGCGCCGGCGGAGAAGUCCCCCACAUCCAACAUUUGUUUCAACUGUGGGGUGAUGGGGCACUUUCGGUCCGCGUGCACGAGGCCGGAACAAUGCCUCUUCUGCGGUGACCCUGGCCAUCAAGCUGCGGCCUGCACGGAGCGCUUCAACCGCCGCAGGCGUCGGGAGGACCCUCCGCUACAGAUUGAGGUGACAGUUGACACGAUCCGCGCCGAGCUCACUCAGCUGGAGUCGACUUGGGUGUGGAACGUGAGGGAGAUCUCGCCUACUGAGUUUGCAGUGGCGUUCCCUUCGGCUGAGCUCCUCCGUGCCCUGUCCUGGAGCAACACGACUAUCCUCCCGGCCAACAACAUCGGCAUCUCAGUCAGGCCGUCCUGUGUGGAUCCUGUUACUGUGGCUACUUUGGCGGAGGUUUGGGUCCAGGUCCACGGCAUUCCUGAGGAGGCUAGGAGUGAGCAUAUCCUUGAGCUCAUUUCUCAGACCAUGGGCAAGCUUGUCACCGUGGAUCCUCUCUCUCUCCCAGGCGAUGGGCCGGUGCGCAUGCUGAUUCUAUGCCCAGACCCCGCGAGGCUCGCCUGCACUCUUCCCCACGUCUUCUUUGGGAAGGUUGGCCGGGCCUUGACGGUUGAGGUGGAGGGGGACGAGGCCCAGGCGGGGUCCCGGUCUCCUCCCCUUGACCCUUCUCAGUCCCACCACGACGAUGACGCUGACGAUGAUGACGCUUCCUCCGAUGGAGACUCUGAGGAUGACUUGGGAGGCGACGGCAUGGACUCCUCUCUACGCCAGCCUCCUAACGCUGGCGAUGGGGCAGGGUCUUCGGCAGCUCUGGACGCUAGGCCGGGGGCGCAGUCUGCACUGCUUGGGUCGGCGUUGGCCACUACAAGAAAUCCGGUCUAUUGCAAUAAUAAUUAUUGCAAUGACCAGUUUUUGUUGCAAUAG